AUAUUAUUUGACCUGAUCUGUGACUUCUGUUGAGAUUACAGAUCCAGUUGAAACUCCAUUCUCGAGUCUCUUCUUACUAACUGCUGCCACAAUGGAUGAUAGCAGGAAUCUAAUGGUUGCUGACACCAGAUCAAGAUAUAGAUUGCUUUCUCAAAGUACAGUCUGGUGGAUCGGAGCUGCUGCUGCAUGUCUGGGACUUCUUCUGCUGACCGUGAUCUUAAGCUUGGUGGCCCAGAAUGGCGGUGCUAUCAGACAUGGGAACAAACCUCAAGUUUGUCUGAUGGAGUGUGAAAACCUGGUUUACAAUCUGACCAAGGACAAAGAUGCUCUGAGAGAUGAGCGAGACCAAUUGAGGAUUAAUGCCAGCAACCUGACAAAGGCCAUAGAGGUGCUGCAGAGCCAAUACAACACUGUGUCUGCAAGUCGAGAUAAGUUACAAGAGGAUGUCAGAAGGUUAAACGUCAGUAGGGAAGAUCAACUUUGCCCCCAAGGAUUGAUGCCAUUCAACAACAAGUGCUACUUUGCCUCCGCGAAAGGAGCAGCUAAAACCUGGGAAGACAGCAGAAAAGACUGUCUUGAGAGAAGAGCUGACCUGGUGAUCAUAACCACAAAAGAGGAGCUGGAUUUUGUCACCAAUUUGUGCAGCAGAACCUGGAUUGGUCUGUCUGACACACAGCAAGAGGGCAAGUGGAAGUGGGUGGAUGGGACUGACCUGGUAGGUGUGGGAAACUGGCAUACUGGCGAACCCAAUGAUAUCGGAAAUGAGGAUUGUGUAGAGAUAUCACCUUCAGACGGGAAAUGGAAUGACGUGCCUUGUACUGAAAAACUAUCAUGGAUUUGUAUGGUUCCGUGAAUUCCACUCGGCAGCCAUACAGAUUUGUCUUUUCGCUGAUGGGGUCCUCUCAUCACGUUGUAUAUGACACAUUAUUAUGUUGAUGUUUGGGCUCUGCACUGAUUACAGUUCUUCCUGGACAUGUAUAAGAUACUAGACCGUUAUUAUUACAGUUCUUUUGUGUUAUAUCUAUAUAUUAAUUUUACCUUCAUAGCGUAAUGAGUAAUAGAAAUGAAAAGGUAUGGGUGGUAUCUCCAUAAAAAAAGUAUGCAAAA